GCCCAUGCUUAUAGGUGCUUACUACUUCUCACUGUAUUCAGUCUCCUUCUUGUGUCAAAGAUGCAGGUUGUUAGUGGUGGACAAUCACUUUGGAUAUAUACUCUGCUUAUCACUUCUCUACAACUUUGGGGAAGACUUUCAGCUUCCACUUCCUCUACCACUCUUCCGGCACCUAAACUUGACAUCUAUUCGAGGUCAAAGGACUCAGUGGUUUUGGUCUGCCGGGCCCCAGAGGGUCGCCGAGGGGUUCAGUUCAUGUUGUAUGAAGUCAGAGAAAUGGUGGACUCUCAGGAGCUGCAGUCUGCUGCUGAAGAGGUUCUGUUCACUGUGAGGGUAAAGGAAGGGGAUUCAGUGCAGCUCUUCUGCUGUCUGUACAGGGAACAGGCUGGUCCUUACAGUGUGUUUAGUCCAUAUUUGCAGCUGGAGCACACAAGAGAUGACGCUCCUACUCGCUCCAUGCCCUCUUUCCCAACUCCAGUCUUGUCUGUGAAUCCCUCUACUGGUAGGGUAAAACGUGGGGACAUGUUGUCGUUCAGCUGCUCAGUCCCUCUUCUACCCCAGUCCCAGUCCCAGUCUAGAUAUAACAGAAAACCAGUGGCAUUUCUUUUGCUGAGGGCCGCUAAGCGAACAGGGAUGACAUCUGUAAUCCUCCAGCCUUUGGCCAGUCAGAUAUCAAACCCUGACCCCCAGCCCGGAGUCUUCACUGUGGGGCCAGUGAGGGGAGGAGAGGAGGGCGAGUACACCUGCCUUUACCAGCUCACCAAAAAAAGGGGAUUGGUUAAUUCAACUGUCAGCAACAUGGUUCAAAUCACUAUUACAGACGCGUUGCCAGUUCCCACCCUUGUCUUCCAGCACCAGACGGACGUGUGGCAUUUGCUUUGCACAGGCUCUCCUGCUUACCCCGGUGCUGUGUUCUCCCUCUACCUGGAUGAUAAUGAAUUUCCUGUUGCCACUCAACAUGCCACCUUGAUCAAUCAUCAUGCCACCUUCUCAGUGCCUGUCCAGGACACUCCAGUGGCUUUUUACCAGUGCCAGUACGAUGUCCUCCUGGUAGAGAAAUGGAGCAACUCGGAGCGCAGCCUCCCUUUGGCUGUGACCAGAGGAAUUCCUCCUCCAUCAUCAACAGAUAUGUUCGGUGUGGACUGGCCUCUCGUACUGGGCUCUUUCUCUGUUGUGGUUUUGUUCCUCUGCUCAGUGGCCCUCGUGGUUGUGGUAGCACGCAGGAAAGUAAAAGCAGCGGCCGAGGAAAAAAAGAAAAGACAGGAAGCACAGUUCUGGACUCAAGUUCAUGCUAAGGACCAUGUUGUUGACCUUCCACUCAGGCGUACAAGCUGCACCUCUCAGAGAAACACUUCAGCCUUCAUCGAGGCCCAUAUGAAGAUGGGAGGUAGGAUCUCUCCGGAAAGGACUGAGUUGCUGUAGGAAUGCAGGCAGAAUCAGACGUUUAUGGUGAGUUAAAUUAGAACAGGAGGACAUAGCAGAAUGUAGGAGAACUUUAUUUAACUUUUGCUUUGAAUAGUAGACGGUUUUUUCUUGAACAUUUUUAUUUUCGUCUUUAUUUGACAGAUUAGUGUAGAAGUGGAGGAGAGCGAGAGAGAGUCCCAAGGCUGGACUCAAACCCAGGACGAUGCUGUUGUAAAUCAUGUGCUGUAACCACUCGGCUACCAAGGCACUCCAUUAACUCAAUAGUUAAUAAUUAUAUUAUUUAUUACUCCAAAGACUAAAAGCAUAUUUCAUCUACAAAACAAUGCUGAAAAAGAAGAAUGUAGACCCCAUCAUGUUCUUGGAGUUUCCGAAAAUGGGACAUUUUAGGGAUGAUAUAUCGGCAGUGAUGAAAGCGAUACUAGGGCAUGAAAUACCCAAGAUGAUGUGUUGUAAUUAGAUACCCAGUCACAGAGGAACCUGUUCAAAAGUAAAAGCAGUGGUAUGAUAUGUACGAUCUCAAAUGAAAUGACAUUAUGCUGAGAUCUUUAACAUCUUGUAUGUGUGUGUUCUGUGUGUGUUUGUGUGUGUUUUGUGUGCAGGAAUGGGCCAGUGUAGACACAGAGACAGCCUCCAGAUCCCCUUUAUGGAACUCACUCUCCACAUUCACAAGCCCGAUCCAUUAGAAAUGUUAGUGUUUUCUCUCUCUCUCUCUCUUUCUCUCUCUCUCUCUCUCUCUCUCUCUCUCUCUCUCUCUCUCUCUCUCUCUCUCUCUCUCUCUCUCUCUCUCUCUCCUCUCUCUCUCUCUCUCUCUCUCUCUGUGUUUAUACUUUAUUCAAGUAUAUCAAUGUAGCAUCAGCUGGAGUUACACAGCAGGACAGGAAGGACUAUUUCCUCAGUUCUUCUAAAAUUGUACAAUUUACAGGAUGUUUGUUUGACCUUACAUGUUAUUGAGCCAGUACAUCUAAAUACAGAUGUUAUUAUCAUUAUGAAGUAAGAAUGAAGUAUGAAUAACUUACCUUAACUUACUUUAAGUCAUUUUGUAGUGCUAUUAGCAGACUUGUUGUACGUUCCAGCAUAAGGGGUGUCACGAUAUACCGGGUAACUGCAAUAUCAAUCUAGUUUAUUGUAAAUCCAUUAGGACAAAAGCGUCAGUAAAAUGUGUUCUAAAAAAUUCAAUAUUGAUAUUUAAUACUACAAUAUGAUAUAUCAUGUAAAUAAUACAGCUACUAUCACACUUUUGUACAGUUUCAGACUCUCGCUCCGCCUUCAUACACCCGUAUAUUGACUGUAAUUAUUUUGCCAAAAAUCACACAAAACGCAAAAUAAACAAAGUUAAAGAUG